AUGGCAAGGUACCAGGCAGCUGUGUCCAGGGGUGACACCCGCAGCUUCUCAGCUAAUGUCAUGGAAGAAUCAGAAGUGUGUACGGUGCCUGGUGGUUUAGCGAAGAUGAAGAGACAAUUUGAAAAGGAUGAAAUGACAUCAACCUCUGACACCUUUUCUGAGUAUCAAUACCAACAUGAGAGCAUAUCUGAGCAGGAAGUAAUCCACAGCAGUCAAGAAAUGCAAAGGAAAGACCAAGAAGUUCCUGAUGCACUUGGAACUGAUGUCUUCAAAACAGAAGUGAUGUCGCAUCUUGAAAAGCACACUGAGGAAACAAAGCAAGCUUCGAAGCUUCACCAGUAUGUUCAAGAAACAGUCAUUGAUACGCCAGAGGAUGAAGAGAUUCCAAAGGUUUCCACCAAGAUUUUAAAAGAGCAAUUUGAAAAGUCUGCCCAGGAAAAGUUCCUCUACACCGAUAAAGAAACAACAACCCCACCCAAGUGCAUAAAGAUUAAAAAUGACAGUGAAGAAACCUUAAAGCCAUCAUCAGCUGUGGGUGCCUGUUCUUACACUUCAACCAGCCAGAGGAAGGAAACUUCAACCUCAAGUUAUAGUAAUCAUAGUCUCACUUCGACAGCCCUGGCACAAGUUAAUGGUACCUCUUCAGGAAAGAUGGAAGAAUUUCCUCCUCCCCCACCUGAUGUACUUCAGACACCAAUGAAUGUGACAGCAUUUUCCCAGUCCCCUGAAUUCCCCAGCUCCCCUAGAAAACUACCAAUCCCCAAAGAUUUAUAUUCCAAACAGAGAAACUUGUAUGAAUUAAACCGUUUAUAUAAACAUAUCCAUCCUGAGUUAAGAAAAAACUUAGAAAAAGAUUACAUCAGUGAGGUUUCAGAAAUUGUUUCUAGCCAAAUCAACUCAGGGAAUUCAGUUUCAGCAGAUGUACAACAGGCUCGGUAUGUUUUUGAAAAUACGAAUGACAGUUCUCAGAAAGAUCUGAACUCAGAAAGAGAAAACCUGGAGUGGGAUGAAAUUCUGAAAGGAGAGGUGCAGUCGAUGAGAUGGAUUUUUGAGAAUCAGCCUUUAGAUUCUAUCAACAAUGGCUCAACAGAGGAAGGGUAUGCUUCCAAAGGCAUUGCUGACCAAGAACUCAUCGCGGGGGGUGAUGUGAAGUACACUACUUGGAUGUUUGAAACUCAGCCAAUAGAUGCCCUGGGGGUUCCUUCUGCUGGCACUGAAGGAAACACUGAGAAAAUUCCUGAGCUAGCUAGAGGAGAUGUUUGCACAGCAAGAUGGAUGUUUGAAACAAGGCCUUUAGACUCUAUGAACAAAAUGCAUCAUAGUCAAGAAGAAACAGAAUAUACUGCUAUAAAGGACAUAACUGGGGGAGAUGUCAAGACUGUGAGAUACAUAUUUGAAACUCAACAACUGGAUCAACUUGGACAGCUUCACUCAGUGGAUGAAGUUAACUUAUUACAACUCAGGUCAGAACUCAAAGAAAUUAAAGGAAAUGUUAAGAGAAGUAUAAAGUGUUUUGAAACUCAACCACUGUAUGUCAUUAGAGAUGGUUCAGGCCAAGUGCUAGAAAUUAAAACUGUGCAUAGAGAAGAUGUUGAAAGGGGGGAUGUGAGAAGAGCACGCUGGAUGUUUGAAACACAGCCUUUGGACACAAUUAGCAAGGAUAUCACAGAAAUUAAAGUAGUUCGAGGAAUAUCUAUGGAAGAAAAUAUCAAAGGUGGGGUGAGUAGAGUAAAGUGGUUGUUUGAAACUCAACCGCUAGAAAAAAUCAAAGAAGAGUCAGACGAGGCUGUCCCUAAAAAAGAAGCAGCCAUAGGUACAGAUGUUUCGAAAAAGUGUUGGAUGUUUGAAACGCAGCCAUUGGACAUUUUAAAGGAAGUUCCUGAUACAGAUACUGUAUCACCCGAAGAGAGAAUAGGGGGUGACGUAAAGACCACCAAACAUCUAUUUGAAACACUUCCCAUAGAGGCUUUAAAAGACAGUCCUGAUGUUGGAAAGCUUCAAAAAAUCACCACCUCUGAAGAAGAAAAGGGAGAUGUUAAGCACCAAAAAUGGGUUUUUGAAACCCAACGUUUAGAAGAUAUUAGGGAAGAUAAGAAAGAGUAUACACGGACAGUGAGGCUAGAGACAGUUGACAGAGGUCAUGUAAAGGACUAUGCACAUAUCUUUGAAUCCAAUAAUUUAAUUAAGGUUGAUUCAUCUCAUCAAGUUGAGAUAGAAGGAGUCACAGGAGGGACUGUGAAGUUGAAUAAAUCUCUCUUUGAGACAACCCCGCUGUAUGCCAUUCAAGACCAUCUUGGAAAAUACCACCAAGUAAAGACAGUCCAGCAAGAAGAAAUACUAAGAGGUGACGUAAGAAGCUGUAGGUGGCUUUUUGAAACAAGGCCUAUUGACCAAUUUGAUGAAAGUCUUCAUAAAUUUCAGAUAAUUAGAGGAAUAUCUGCUCAAGAAAUACAGGCAGGGAAUGUGAAAUCUGCUAGGUGGUUGUUUGAAACCCAACCUCUUGAUUCAAUUAAAUAUUUUAGCAAUGUGGAAGAAACAGAGAGCAAAACUGAACAAACUAUAGAUAUUGUUAAAGGGGAUGUCAAAACCUGUAAAUGGUUAUUUGAGACUCAGCCUAUGGAGUCUCUUUAUGAAAGAACUUCCGUGAUGACCAACACUGGAGAUAUUAAAAAAGGUGACGUUAGAACCUGUACCUGGCUUUUUGAAACUCAGCCACUUGAUGCCAUAAAAGACGACUCUGGAGCAACAGACAGAGUGCAAACUGUAAAGCAGGAAGAGAUACAAGGUGGGGAUGUUCGAACAGCAUGUUUUCUUUUUGAGACAGAAAAUCUAGACAACAUACAAGGGAAUGAGGGGAAAGACAGCAAGCCUGUGGAGGCAGAUAUACAAUCUGGGGACGUCUCUGGAAUGAAGUACACAUUUGAAAAUCAGUCCUUAGACUCUUUAAGUUGCAGUUCAGUGAAUGUUUUGAAUAAGAUCAAAACCCUAAAAACUGAAGACAUUCAGAAAGGCAAUGUUUUAAGUUGUAGGUGGCUAUUUGAAAACCAACCUAUUGAUAUGAUAAAAGAAAAUCGAGAAGGUGAUAGAUUGGUUAAGACAGUGACAGACAUACAAGGCGGGGAUGUGAGAAAGAGGUGCUUCAUUUUUGAGACAUUUUCUUUAGAUGAGAUAAAAGAAGAAUCUGAUGGCAUCAGCAGCAGGGAAACAAAUACUGAAGAAGUAAUAAAAGGUGAUGUAAAAAGCUACAAAAUGCUCUUUGAAACACAACCACUCUAUGCAAUUCAAGAUCAAGAAGGGUUUUACCAUGAAGUGACGACAGUUAAGAAAGAAGAGGUAAUUCAUGGAGAUGUACGCGGAACAAGGUGGCUCUUUGAAACAAAGCCACUAGAUUCAAUCAAUGAGUCAGAAGAUAUAUAUGUUAUUAAAUCUGUCACUCAGGAAGACAUUCAGAAAGGGGAUGUGAGUUCUGUCAGAUACAGAUUUGAAACUCAACCACUGGAUAAGAUUUCGGACAAAUCACAUAAUAUUGUACCCACUGUUGAGUAUAUUCAAGGAGGCAAUGUGGAGAUGAGUAAACAAUUCUUUGAGUCUGAAAGUGUUGACAAAAAGAAUUAUAUACGAACAGUAAGUGUAAAUGAAGCACAAAAGGGAAAUGUUAAGACUUCUACUUGGCUCUUUGAAACUCACAGCAUAGAUGAGCUGGGAGAAGAGUCCAGAUAUGAAAAUAUCAAGAUGGUUAAGCAGGAAGAUGUGCAAAAAGGUGAUGUUAAGCAAGCAGUGUGGCUUUUUGAAAAUCAAACUUUGGAUUCUAUUAAGGAAGUAGAUGAAAGUGACACAAAAAUAAUCAAGGAAGAAAUUCCUCCAUCAGAUGUCAAGACAACUACAUGGCUCUUUGAAACAACACCUUUUCAUGAAUUUAAUGAAACUAGAAUAGAAAAGGUAGAAAUCAUUGGUAAAAGUAUUAAAGAAACCUUGGAAGACCUCUACUCUCAAAGAGUUAUUGAAGCUCCUGGAAUUAUCAUUGAAGCUGAUGAAGUUGGAGAUGUCAGAAUGGCAAAAUACAAGCUCAUGAACCAAAAAACGCCUGAGAUACAGAAAGAAGAAGUUAUCAGAGCUGAUCUCAGAAACAUAAUGAUGAACUUACUUUCCCAAAGAGACUCUACAAAGAAAGGGAUAUUUGUCAGUGAAGAGGAGAAGGGAAAUGUCAAUUUGGCUAAAACUCAAUUAUUAAACAGAUCAACUGAAUUUCAUACUGAAAAGGAAGAGAUAGUGAGAGGGGAUGUAAAACAAGCAAUAAAAAAGCUGUUCUCAGAGGAAAGAUGUGCAAAGAAAGGCAUAUUGAUUCAAGAAGAUGAAAAGGGAGAUAUUAACAUGACUAUCUAUUGUCUUCUUCAUGAAAAUGCUGGUGAAAAGAUUGAGCGUGAGGGCAUUAUAGGAGGUGAUGUGAGACGCACCAUUCAUAAUCUGUUAUCUUCUACGUCAAAUGGUAAAAUAUCUGAAAGGACAAAAAUCGAUGCCUCAGAGAGGGGAAAUGUUCAGUUCUUCACAACAUGCAUAGAAACUGGAGCUUUGGAUUACCUCAAACAACUCCAAACAGGGUCAAAUGAAACACGCACAGCUAGAAAGCAAGAAGGAGAGGAAGACAUAAUUGGUGGUGAUGUUGAGGGUACAAAAUUCUUACUAAAGAAAAGACAAUCUUCAUUUCAACGUACUGUUAGUGAAACUGACAUCAUCCCUGGGGAUGUGCAUAAUACAGUUAAAGUCUUCAUGAUGGAGCCUCAGAGUUCAGCUUACAAAACAUCGAAAGAAGAGAUUAUAAAAGGUGAUGUGAAAUCAAGCCUGAAUUCUCUCAACCAGGCCACAAAUCAGAAAACAGUGGCUAAAACAGAAGAAAUUGUGAAAGAUGACCAGCUGGCCACACUCAAGUCACUUAAGGAGUCAACAGACAGACAGAAAGAAUCUGAGCAGUCUAGUGAUGUCCCUAGUGAUAUUGGGAAAGCUAUUGAGUUCCUAGAAAAGGCUACAAAUACAAGGACUGAAAUAAUGAAAAAAGAGCUGAUACUAGAUGAUCUUGAAACCUCAUUAAGAUCAUUGAAAGAAGCACAAAGGGGCUUCAAAGAAGUUGAUAAAGAAGGAAUAAUAAAAGAAGAUGUACUACCUAGGAUGGUAGGAUUCUCAGAAAAACAAAAACUAGGGAUUCACCCAGCAGCUGUCCAGAGAGACAAAAAACGUCUUCUUCAACCAGUGCCAGGACCAGUUGAGCCAGUGGUCAGGCAGCAAGCAGGACCAGGCACUCUUGAUGAAACUACACAGAAAUCCUGCCAUCCAUCUUUAACAGAAGAAAAAACUGAAGCUAAUCUUUUCAAAGCUCCCAAGGGCACUGUAAAGAUUGUCAUUGAUCGUGAACAAAACAAUGAUGCUCUUGAGAAAAGCCUUAGAAGAAUGUCUAACUCAGAACACAGAGCUAUGAAAAACGUCUUAGACAUGAAUGAAAGAAUGGGUGUCUGGACUGACAGCAAAGAAUAUCUGUGUAGUGGCGACCACUUGAGCAAACAGUUGACUGCAACCACAUCCAGGAAGGAAAGUCUCAAAACCAGGGAAUCAGAGAAGGUAAGAGAAUCAAAGGACAACAUCUUUCGCUCCUCACAGUCUGUGGAUAAAACAUUUAGAAAGCAACAGACUCAAACCUGUGAACUAGGGAAGUCUCAGUUCCAGGAUUCUUAUGGAAAGAGUCAAGAAAAUACCAAAAACAAUAUAUCAGCAGAGAUUCAAAAAAUGCAUAGGAUGACAAGUGACUUUCAGAAGCAGACCUUGCUAAGUCAGGAAAAGCAGUAUUCUAAUAACGACAUAAAGAAAAAUGGCAUGAGCCUUCAGCCCUUGCCUGUCUAUGAGGGUGUUCACAGUGUACCAGGAGUGAGAGUCUCUGGGAAGAGCCAUAAAAAAUUUCAGGCAACUGACAAAAAACAGAAAAUUGAUGUUUGUCUAGAAAACCAGGACUUCCUAAUGAAGACAAAUACUACCAAAGAGUUAAAAAUGGCAAUGGAGAGGUCACUUAAUCCAAUCAACCUUCACCCUGAAUGUGGCAUAAAAGAAAAUGAGGAUUCCCUUCCACCUCCAUCUCCCCCUCCUCCUCCACCUUCCAAUGCAUCAUCUGAAAUUGAAUUUCCUCUCCCUCCUCCACCACCUUUAAUGUUCUUGCCUGAAAAAAAUGAGUUUCCUCCCUCAUCAUCCACAGAGAAGACAAGGACUGAAUUGGAAAGCUUCCCGAACCUCCCUCUUCCUCCACCAUCAGUAGGUGAGAAAUCUGAACAAGAAGGUCUACCAGUAUCUCUCCUUCCUCCACCUCUGCCAACUGCAUCUCAAUCAGUAAAUCUUCUUUCCUCUUCUCUUCUGGAAAAUCACAGCGAGGCAUUCAUACAAAAGUCCUCCCAAAAGGAAGCCUUGGAUUCUCAUCAGCUUCACUCACAGAAUAAAGUCCUAACAGGAAAAUCCCCACCACCUACACUCCCCAAACCUAAACUUCCCAAGAGAAUUAAAGAUAAAAUGGGCCAGUAUUCCCCCAAUGGUGAACUGGAAAGAUCUAUGUCAGAUAUGCACGUUAAAACUUCCCUCUCAAAGGAUCAGAAAAGAUCAAUGAUGGCAAUGAGCAGAGAGCACACAGAGACAAAGCAGGAAGUACUCAGAAACAGUCUUGAUGAAAGAAAACAGCUGCCCAUCCACUCUGCAAACUUACUUUCUCAGACAGUUCCAGAAAUCCCAGCACCCAAGGGAAAGCAGACAGCACCUCUUGUUAAAUCCCACUCAUUGCCAUCAGGUUCAGAACAAAAAAGUCCAAAGCCUUACAUGAGAAAAUUUAAGACACCUUUAAUGAUUGCUGAAGAAAAAUACAGACAACAAAGAGAAGAGCUUGAGAAACAGAGACGAGAGAGUUCUUGCCAAAGCGUCAUCAAAAAAGAAAUCCACCACCAAAGUUUAUCAGAGGAGGAGAAAGAAAGAGAGUUACAAAAAGCAGCAGAGGCAAUCUCCAUACCCAGAAAGGAUUCAGACUUUACUAGGGCACAACCCAACCUGGACUGUAAGAACAGGACUGUGCUUGCAGACACAUGCUCUGACAGACAUCGCUCCACAGCUUCCCUAUUGACAGUUGCUACUGAGAGGCUCCAGCACGUUCUCGAAGCUUCAGAAGAUAAACUUUCCCUGAGAAAGGAAGGCAUACAGAGCUCAAGGGAUACCUUCCAAGCGAAAUCAGCUUACGAACUUAACCAGAGUCGCAAGGAAGGUGAGACAAAGCAAAGGCUUGAGCAACACCUGGAGAAGCUGUCCUUUCCCCAGAGCAAACCCAUUUCCCCAAGUUUCAAAGUAAAAGCUAUCAAGCUUCCCACUCUACAUCAGACUGAAACAGAUCUCAGUUCUGAAAGUCACAUAAAGCAAUCUGAAGUAGAUGUUCAAAUGAAUCAGGAACUCAAGAAAACCCAAGCAGCUACACAGUAUGAUAAUAAGCAAUUUGUGCCUGAUAAACAACUUCCCUUACCUAAAACAGAGAAAAGGGUGACUAUACAAAUGCCUAAAGAAUAUGGAGAGAAAUCUCAUAAAAGUAAGCUCCAAACAGUUCCCAAGAAGCAGAGGGCAUUUGGGGGGGCUGACAGAGGCAAUGUCCUAGGGAGUGAAGGAAAAAAUCAGGACUCCUCAAUGAGCAUUUCCAAAGAAGACCAGUUAAUGGUUGAAAGAAAGCAAGGAGGUUUGCAGGAGCAGAGAGUAUCAAGGUUAGUCCAACAAGAUAUUACCGAUGCACAUCUGGACUCACAGGUUCAGAAUUUUCACCAGACACAAACACAAACUUCUGGAAGUACAACUGAGCAUGAAAAACUGUCCCAGCUGCAUAUUGCCACUCAGGAGAAAGAACGUCUUAGAGACAAGGGCAUACGAGAGAGAUAUGUCUUCUCUAACACUGAAGAUUCAAAACAAGAGAUGAAACAGAACAAAUCUUCAUUUUCCUCUGUGAAGGAAUCCCAGCAGGAUGAUGGAAAAUGUAGCAUAAAUAUAUUGGAAUUCUUGAGGAAACGUGAAGACCUACAGCAGAUUUUGUCUAGAGUAAAACAAUUUGAAGCAGAGUCAAAUGAGAGCGGCCUUAAAACAUUUCAGACUCUGUUAAAUAUUGUUCCAGUGUGGCUGAUAAGUGAGGAAAAAAGAGAAUAUGGAGUUCGUGUUGCCAUGGAGAAUAAUUUCGAAAAAGUCAAAGAAGAAAUAACACAUAUUAAAACCCAAGCCGAGGAUAUGCUGGUUCACUGCGAACAUAUAAUUCAAACAGCUAUGAUGGCCUCCCCAACAGGAAAGCAGGGAGACAAACCUACCAAUCUUAAUGAAAUGUCAUUGAAAGUGUCUAAUGUUAAUGCCAGCUCUAAUAAAUUCACUGAGCAGAAAGAAAGUAAAAUUGUAGAAGAAAAAUUAACACACCACCAGGUAGCAACCCAUCACGAGGCAGCAACUCAGAAUCUUGCUAAAACACAUCAGGAAACUAAUGGAGAAGAUAGUAAGACGCCUCCUCCCUCUUUGAAAACUCGCCCGCCAUCACCAACUUUCAUUACAAUCGAGUCGACUGCCCGCCGGGCAGAAAUCCCCAGUAAGGGGGAGCUCUCUCAGUCCCCUAAAAAGAACAGUUGUACUGAACCCUCACAGAGAAGAGCCACGGAGCAAACACCAUGUCUUCACGGAACAUGCACGCCCCCAUCCCCACCGAGGGGCGGCUCAGAACAACUUGUCAAACUCAAAGACACCACAGCCAGGUUAGCCAAAGGCACCCUCCCCUGUCCCCCAGGGACCCCGGUUCCAAUCGUACAGAAGAGAUCUCAAGUUGUCGUGUCUCCGGCCACACUCCGCAGGCAAAUUAAGAUAGAAAGCCGUGGCGGGGACUCUCCACCCACCAUCACAAUACCUGUAAACGUAAACCGUGUGGUCAGUGAGUCCUUCAGAGAAUCUAUAGACACUCAAGAGUCAGUGAGGAAAAUAGGAAAAAGGGAGGCUUAUGUUCGUAAAGACGAAACGAACUCCAUCAACAGAGCAAUGCCAGAGACCGAAAGCUACGAUGCAGUUGAAAUCAUACGCAAGGUGGAAGGGCCUCGCCUAUCAGAGCACAUGGAAAGGUUUGAAGCCACCAAUCAAAGUGUUCAAACGGCUGAACAUUUUCUGAAUGGCCACGAAAAUGAAAUAAACCGAUGGUUUAGGGAAUUUGAGAACGGCCCAGUUUUCGGAGCAAAGAAUGAUAGAAGAGCUUAUGCAAACGGUGAAAUGAACCACAACAUGAAGCAAGAGAAUCACACAUUCUGUAAGGAGGAAUUUGGAUUAGCAUCUUCUGGAAAUGCUAAUUUUACAGGCUUUUCUUACAGACAUCCUAGAGAGCACCAAGAAAAAGUUCCUGCAAUGCAACCCAGGGUUCGUUCUGAAGCGACGCUUCUGAGCGAGCAUUUCUUAGGCGUGGAUGCCUACGACCAUCAGAUUGUUGGGUCAGAGAUAGCAACCUCGUCGACACGUAGCUGUAGCUCAGAAGCUGCCAGAUCUGGCUUUGAUUUCAAGCAUGCUCCCCCGACCUAUGAAGACGUGAUUGCUGGCCACAUCCUAGACAUUGCAGAUUCACCCACAAACUUCAGGAGGGAUUUUCAAAAGACGUGGCAGGAGAGUGAAAGGGUUGUUAAGCGCCUGGGGUAUGAAACCUCAGAAGCACGUGCAACCGAAAUGAGCAGGGCCUUCCAGGAGGAGUCUGCCUUUAAGAGCGACAAGGAAAUUUGCAUAAUUUGUCAAAAAACAGUUUAUCCAAUGGAGUGUCUUAUAGCAGACAAGCAGAAUUUUCAUAAAUCUUGCUUCCGAUGCCACCAUUGCAGCAGUAAACUGAGUUUGGGAAAUUAUGCAUCACUUCAUGGACAAAUAUACUGCAAACCUCACUUUAAACAGCUUUUUAAGUCUAAAGGGAAUUAUGAUGAAGGUUUUGGACACAAACAGCAUAAAGACCGAUGGAAUUGCAAAAAGCAAAGAAGCUUAGUUGAUUUAAUUCAUACUGAAAAACCCAAUGUGUGUGAAAACCCCAGAGCAGAUAGCCUCUUGCUUGGGGAUUUUACUAAACAUGCAGAUGUUUCCGACAGCAAGUGGCAAAACAAUGAUUUGAGAAAAUGGAGGGAGAGGGGAAAAUUAAAAAUUGUUUGGCCUCCUUGCCAGGAGAUGCCUAAGAAAAACUUCCUCCUUGAGGAAGAACUCAAAAUGAGGAAACCUAAAUGGCCACCAGAAGUGACCUCAGAAUUUAAAAGGGAGUCACUGAUAGAACAUGUGAAAACUUUGGAAAUUCAAGGGCAAGAGCAAGAUAACUUCCCUGGCUUACAACCCUGUCCGCAUGUUUGUCAGAAAGAGGACAUUCCAGGAAUCGGAGAAACAGAAGUAUAUGAAGAAAGAAAAGAUGAGGAAGAAGAAAAGAAGAAUGUGCAAGAUAAGCUGAAUGCCACGGAGGGCUUAAUGAAUAAGAGAAAAAGUGGGAUAGACCUUCAUGACAAUAGAGUGUGUGUUGAGAGUGAUGGAAAGGAAAAGGAUGAACCUGAUGGUGCGGACAUUUUACGAGUUACAAACACUGAUGAGGAAGAGGGGCCAGAAAAUCAUAGAAAGAACUUCAACAACAACAACAACAACAAUGCCAUAGCUGUCGCCUCUCUGAAUAAUAGCGGGCAGAAGACAUCGGUUUCAGAAUGCCCUCAUCUAUUACAGCCAGCCAGCGAAGCAAACUACUAUGCAAGUACACAUCAAACUAAAAAGUUAAAAAAUGCGUCUAGAAUCUCAGUGUUACUUGACAUAUUUGAGUCUCAAAAGUCGUCCUCCAAGAAUGUCCUAGCCUUGGCUCUGGAGAAAACGGCUGGCAGAGUGACUGCAGGCAGUCCUGUGCAGUUGCCUCUGGAGCCAGGCUUCCAGCAGGGCUUAUCAGUUAAAGAGGAAAGCCUCACAGCCUCUCCUGGUGUAAACCUCUUACACAUUAAAGGAAACCAUGAAAAUAACAAAAACGUACACCUUUUCUUUUCUAACACUGUGAAAAUCACUUCUUUUUCCAAGAGCCAUAACAUCCGUGGGUGUGAUUUAAUAGAUUCUGUUGAUCAGCUUACAAACAUGUCAUGCUUGUAUUUAAGAGAACGUGGAAAAGAUGUCAAAUGCUGGCAUAGUGAAACCACAGAAGCAGCUCAGAGUGGUGGGGAAAUGGGCUUUGAUGCGCAGAGCCUAGGGUGUGCAGCUAAGCCUGGGCUUGCCAGCACAAAACCUCAACAACUGACUGUGGAAGAGCAGAUUAAAAGGGACAGGUGCUACAGCGACAGUGAAACUGACUGAGAAGUGCCUGGCCACUUGCGGUUCCCACUCGGGCGCUGAGGGACAGUUUUCUCAAAUAAGACCUUGGGAUCAUGAAUAACCUUUGGAUGGUGUUAUAAAGACAACUUUUCAUAAUCUCGUCUAUCACAGCACGUUAUUUCUUGUAUCUCACUGCAUAAGUCUUUUUCACAGUUCAUUCGAUUCCAGAUUUGAUCUGAAUGGAAUGCUGAGAUGAAACAAGGCGACCAUGUUUUCUCCUCAAAAGGCACGUGUGCUACUGUUUUCCUACAUUGUAUACUGUAUGAGAGUCUGUACUGCUGGUAUUUGUCACCAUUCUUACACCUGCUCUAUAAUUUCUGAUGAAAUAAAAUUGAAUCA